GUGACUCUACAAGAGAAAGGAAAUGCACAGUCUCCAAAAUAGUCGGGUCGUGUAUGGCGAACGUGAGAGACGAGAAGAGGAAGUGCUGCAGCGCGCAGAAUGAAAGCAAAGUUGCAAGCCUCCUGGAAUUCACUACAGUCUGCCUCCCUGUAUGGAUUCAGACGACGCCGAUCAUUGAUCCGGUUACGGGCCGGCGACUGUACUUUUGAAAGAAGCGGGGAAGUUCGGACUGGUUUGCUUGCGUUCAGUCUCAUACUCACUCUCCGCCCUGCCGUCUUUCUUUUGGUUUUGUUUUUGUGCCAGAUGUCGCCAACUAUUAAUGUCAAAGGAAAGGAAUCGGGCACUGCCCGUAUCCUCGGUUCAGGAGCUUCAGUCAACGUACCUUUCAGGUGUUGCUGAGUUGUUCGUAUUCCACCCGGUGGAUACCAUCGCAAAGCGUCUGAUGAGCAACAAGACGAAAGUCUCUUUCUCCACGCUUUCUCCCAUUCUCUUCAGGGACUAUGCAACAGCACCUCUUGGCCGAAAACUCCUUUCCUUGUUUCCCGGACUAGGAUAUGCUGCGGGCUAUAAAAUUACCCAACGAAUUUACAAGUACGGUGGACAACCGUUCUUUAAUGAUAUCCUCAGGGCCAACUACAAAACCAACUUCACCAACGCGUUUGGUGAGCGCAAGGGAAUGAUGAUGACGCAAGCAGCUGCGGGUAGUCUCACGGGUAUUGGUGAAGUCGUGCUCCUUCCACUGGACGUCUUGAAGAUCAAGCGCCAGGUUAACCCUGAAGCAUUCCGUGGACGUGGUGUCCUUCGAAUCUUCCUCGAGGAGCGCGGUGCUCUUUACCGAGGAUGGGGCUGGACCAUGGCGCGUAAUGCUCCGGGAUCCUUUGCUUUGUUUGGUGCCUCCGCAAUGACCAAGGACUACCUCUUCGGUCUCCGAGAUUACUCCCAGGCGACUUGGGGACAAAACUUCGUCGCGUCCAUUGCAGGCGCCGUUGCUUCCAUCACUAUCGCCGCUCCUCUCGAUACGAUCAAAACUCGUAUUCAAAAUGCCAAUUUCGAGCACAAAGUUAGCGGCGUAACUAUUAUAAAGGAGCUCGUUCGCAAUGAGGGUGCUACGGCACUAUUCAAAGGACUCACGCCGAAGAUCUUGGUUGUUGGCCCCAAGCUCGUCUUCAGCUAUACCCUCGCGCAGUCACUCAUUCCAUGGUUCGCGAACUACGUCUAAACUCACCAUCAUUAGCGCACUAUUACCGCGCACACACCUACUUUCCGUGCCGUACGCUAUCAUAUAUCGUUCUAGACAUAGAAGUAUCCUAUGGGACCAAAAGUAUUGCUAUGAUUCCGCUACGACGAUCACUCAUCACCACUACAUACUUCGCCGCCGCUUAAGCUUAGAUAGGGUACCUUGGAGAUUUUUUAUAUUGACUUUUAUGGGUGACUAUUUCGCCAGUUGCCCUCUGACUGCCUUCGCUUAGACCUUGUGCCUCCUAAAGUUGCUGAAAGGGAAGAGAAAACCAUAUAAGGUGCGUUGGACUGCAAGUGGUACUCCAAACUCUGCUACACAAGUUAUACAAUCGUUCCGGUUUUGAUACAGCUGACAAGAAAAAUACAAGGACAUGAAGAUG